CAACGCAACCAGAUACUAUCUCUGUCUAUCUGAAGACAUCCGAAGCAUUGCAAUGGCGUCGUCUCUGCAAGUGACUUCCACGAACCCUAGGCCUUCACUUUUUCAGUCCUCUUUCUUCCCCAAAACCCUAACAUCGUGCCCCGCGUUCGUCAAGUCCAGACCGGUGAACUCAGGUAGACCAAGUCCCGUUCAGUGCGUUCUCCAAUGGAACCGAAAGCCGGAGCUCUCCGGAGAAACGCCUCGCGUGGUGGUCAUUACCUCCGGAAAAGGCGGUGUCGGCAAGACAACUACCACUGCCAAUGUCGGCCUCUCUCUCGCACGCUACGGCUUCUCGGUCGUCGCAAUAGACGCCGACGUCGGCCUCCGCAACCUGGAUCUCCUCCUAGGGUUGGAGAAUCGAGUCAACUACACCGUCGUCGAAGUUCUUAACGGCGAUUGCCGUCUCGACCAGGCUCUGGUACGCGAUAAACGUUGGUCGAAUUUCGAAUUGCUCUGCAUUUCAAAACCCAGAUCGAAACUUCCGAUAGGGUUUGGGGGGAAAGCAUUAGAAUGGCUCGUCGAUGCCUUAAAAAACAGAGAAGAAGGCUCCCCAGAUUUUAUCCUUAUCGAUUGUCCUGCCGGAAUCGAUGCCGGAUUCAUAACCGCCAUAACGCCGGCGAACGAAGCGGUUCUGGUGACAACUCCUGAUAUAACAGCGCUUAGAGACGCUGAUAGGGUUACCGGUUUGCUCGAGUGUGAUGGAAUUCGAGACAUAAAGAUGAUUGUGAAUCGUGUGAGGACGGAUAUGAUCAAAGGAGAGGACAUGAUGUCGGUGUUAGACGUGCAAGAGAUGCUGGGUUUGGCAUUGCUCGGAGUGAUUCCCGAAGAUUCCGAGGUUAUCAGAAGCACAAACAGAGGGUAUCCGCUUGUUUUGAACAAACCUCCCACGCUUGCGGGAUUGGCCUUCGAGCAGGCGGCUUGGAGGCUGGUCGAGCAAGAUAGUAUGAAGGCUGUUAUGGUGGAGGAAGAACCCAAGAAACGUGGGUUCUUCUCGUUUUUCGGCGGCUAAAUUGAACAGAGGGAAUGGAAAUGCAACUUGUGUGAUGAUGAUAUUGUUUACUCUGAGGGGAAGCGCACGAUCUUUGGAAUGGACCAAUAUAGAAUGCUAGGGCUAUCACGUUUCAGUUCUAGCUUUUGAUGUUCUGCCCUUUGGUUCUCAAUUUUCCUAUUUUUUGUUUCAUGUAUAUCUGUAUACCUAAAUUUAUGACUUUCCCACUGGUCACAUCCUUAUGUACCAAUUCUUCUGGUACUCAUUUCCAGUACUAGUUUGUUUA